AUGGGCAAUCGCGAGUCGACCGCGAACGAUGAGGGUCCAGGCGGGGAAAUUGAGCAAGUCCAGGAUUACUAUGCCUUGCUGGAGGUCGAGGAAACCGCGACCGCAGACGAGAUCAAGCGAUCCUUCCGCCGACUGGCCCUGAUCCACCACCCGGACAAGAACCCGAACGACAACGAGGCCGCGACCAAGCGCUUCGCGGCGCUGCAGCAGGCGUACGAGGUCCUCAGCGACGAGCAAGAAAGGGCUUGGUACGACGGCCAUCGCGCGUCCCUCGUACCGGAGCCCGAUGCGAACGCCGUCUUCGAGGACAUCAAGAGGGGCGCGCCCCCACCGCGAUCACGCGACAGAGGUCUCACCGUCCGCCAUCUCGCUCCAUUCUUCGAUGCCUCUAUCUGGACCCAUCUCGAUGACAGUGAGAACGGCUUUUUCACGAUCUACCGCAAUCUCUUCCAGAGGCUCGCGCACGACGAGUCACAGUACAAUGAUGCCGUCCUCCCUUCUUUCGGCUACGCCAACUGGCCGUGGACCCCCUCCGACAAACACGACACACAGAACGCGAGGUCCUUCUACGCGUACUGGAUGAACUUCGCCACCGAGAAGGACUUUGCUUGGGUGGAGCAAUGGAAUCUCAACGAGGCUCCCGAUCGCCGCGUGCGCAGGAUGAUGGAGAAGGACAACAAGAAAGCCCGGGACGACGCCCGGAGGGAAUACAACGACACCGUUCGCCCUCGUUAUCGUACCCUUGCGCAGUUCGUCCGGAAACGUGACCCGCGAUACAAGGCCCACCUCGCACAGCAGGCGGCGAUAUCACAGGUCCGAGCGUCGGCCGUUGCCCGGUCAGGCCCCGGAUCAGGCGCGGCCACGCCGUCGUCACGUCACGCCCAAUCGCCGCCGGACUACGUCGAGCAGGACUGGCAGAAGAUCGACGACGCGCAGACGCGGCUCCACGCGGACCUCGAGUGGGCCGUCGCGGAGGGCGUGGACGAGGAGGAGUGGGAGUGCGUCGCGUGCGGCAAGUCCUUCCGGACGGAGGCCGCGUGGGACAGCCACGAGCGCAGCAAGAAACAUCUCCGGGAGAUCGAGCGUUUGAAGCGCGAAAUGGAGAUGGACGACGAGCAGCUGGGUCUCGCGGGUGAUGAGCACGGAGAGGGCGAGAACGCGGACGCAAGGCAGAACGGGGGAAGCAUCGCCGGGGGCGAGAUCUCCGAUGACGGCGAUCUCGAAACCGGCCAGAACGCCGAGACAGAGAAUGAAACGCCCAAAGGCCCGUCCAGGCCGGACGGUCUUCCUGAGCCUGACUGGGAAUCCAGAACGGGGAGGGCAAAGGAAAGCUCGCCGAACGGUGCUGCGACGUUGCGCGCAGCGGCAUCGUCGCCACCGCCCUCCUUACCUGACGACGAGGACGAUGAAACAGAGAUCGGUCAUGAUCCAAACCGCACGAGCAGGAAGAAAAAACGCGGCAAGCCCAUACCGCAAAGCAAACAAGAUGCCGAGGUGCUCAGCAAGAGCGAACGACGAGCGAGGAGGCUGCAAACGUUCGAAAAGGAAGGCGUGUCGCCAAGCGACCGCGAAGGCGACGGCGCGACGAAAUCGGCUCAGCGACACGGCGUCACACCCACAGAAGACGACGGCGACGAUCACCCAGCCCCUGGUGCAGCACAGGCGGGUACGAUAGCAGAUGCGGACCCGAAUACCACCAACGCGAAACCCGAGCCGUCCAAGCGCGAGAAAAGGCGAGCACGGGAAGCUGCGAAGAAAGCGAAAGAAGAGGAGGAAGGAGGUCCUGACCAAGCGGUGAAGUGCAAUGUGUGCCGGGAAGAGUUCCCGAGCAAGACGAAACUCUUCGCGCACGUACGGGAAACAGGCCACGCGGCCGCCGCUCCGCUGAACGGACGGAGCCAGAAGGGCAAAAGCAAGCGAUGA